UGGGGUUCAGAUCCUGAAGCUCAGAAAGGUGCUUUGUAGUUCGUAGUCUGCCGCGGCAAGUACUGUGUAGUUCUAGUCCUUCAUCAUCUUGACGGCUCGUAAACAGCAGCAUCACCAAGCUGCAUCCGACAGAGCCUUUCACCACACGACCUGCCGUUGUGUCCAACUCGAAUCCCAGGCUACGCUCCAACAAAGAGGUCAUAGUCGUCCCUUCGAGACCCCGUCCCGUCCAAGCCAAUCGACCCGAGAGAGCUCGCCAUCCUAGGUAUUCGGACUCGAAUCUUCUUCCUCCACCCUCGACGACAACCAUUUUCAACACAACCACCACUUGUCGUCGCUUAAACGAUCACCAUGGGCGGCGAUGUUCCAUCAACGUUCGGGAGCGCCAGCAGCAGCAGCCGCAGCAAUGGUCAAACAGACAAGCAAGUAGAGCGCUUGCCGAUGCCCUCCAGGAACCCUCUGCCUCUCUCGGCGUCACAGGAGGCCCAAGUCCGAGACAUCUUUUACGCCAGGGUCAGGAGGCAAUGUGCUGAGGAAAUCAAGGCCUUCGCCGAAUGCGCCCUAGGCCGCACCUUCUCCGUCCCCUUCGCCUGCCGUGCACCCCACCGGGUCAUGAACAACUGCAUGAAGUUGCACGCCACGCCCGCCGAGCAGGACGCCGCGCGCGAGGAUUGGUUUGCUUUACGUAUGGAGCGCGCCCGGGAGCGCGAGCGCAAAGCCAGACGCAAGGCCGAGCAAGAGGCCUUUUUGCGCGAGUGGUGGGGUUUACCCGAGAAGGACCGUGAGGAGGCGCGCAGGGAGCUCGAGAAAUUAAAUCAGAAGGAGAGAGUGGGUGGGUAUGUGGGGAACAAUCGCCUGAGAGAUGCUAAUGAGGCGGCGGCGAAGAAGAGUAAGUUGUUGGAGCAGGCGAGGUUGGAGAGGGAUGGGAUCGAUCGGGAUUUGCAUACGUGAGGCGGCUUUGGGGGAGAACAGACGGGGAGAGUGAAGGGAAAGAGCAAGAAAGAGAAAGAGAAAGCGGGAGAGAGGGAGGGGGGAGGGGAGGGGGUUCCGAUGAGGACAGCGAGAUGGAAAGUCCGAAGGGGGAAGAAGCGAAGCGCGGGAGUAAGACAAUUUUGCGCCCUUGACUACAACUCGCCAGAACAAUAAGAACGACAAACUCGAGGUGCAGUGGUCCGGGGUUGGAUUGGUGCCGCAAGGCUCUGAGGCUGUUGCGCCGAGUCCUACUUCCGGUCAAGAUUCGAGUUCCGGCUUUCGGACGACAAUCACUCUCGACGCUUUCUAACAGUUCCGCGGGUUUUGUUUCAUACAAACUCUGAGAGGCUAGCCUCGCAGC